UACAAGUUUGUACGGAAACUUGAUUUUUGAUAAGAAUAAACGAUUACGUUUACCAUCGGUAUAUUAUAUCUGGACCAACCUGCAAAUUGGUCUCGAAGCUCAUUCCAUAUCACUUGAGUAAAGGCAGUGUACUAUAGCCAAGUCACAUUCAAGUACUCCACGUUUGGUGUUUUUCAAUUUUCAUUAUCUUUUUCGAUUUGUUUACGUUUCGAACUUGAGAGUGUUUUCUUGUGAAAAAAUUCGAAGAGUGCAGUGUACGAUUUGCAGAUUUUUUUCUUGUCUCACAUCAAAAGUUGAAUCUUCUCAUUCAGUUUUAUUUCGUCGAAUGUUUCAUAAAACCUGAAGCUGUCAAAUGUGCCUAUAGCCUAUGUACGAACUUUCGUUGAACCUGAUUAUUGGAGUCGAAUAGUUUUCAAGAAGUUAUUGGUGUAAUUUGUCUCGAGUACGCGAAGAUUGCAGUUCGACAUGGAUGCCAUCGAAGAAUACCCUUUCCUUUUCAUGAAUACGCCGUCGUCACUGCAGAUGCUGGCGUCAACCAAAGUGGCGUUAAUGUCAUGGCAACGCAGAUGUGCGGCUUCAGGCCUUUCAUGCGGGGAUUUGGGUCGGUAUUGGUUUGAAAAGCCAAUUUUUAGCUGCGAAGAAAUACUCAUUGUUCGGAUUCCGUCUCGAAUCAAAUCGCAAAUAGACAACAGAAUUGAUACUUUUGGCAAAGAACUUAUGAAAUGGAAGUGUUUCCACGAUAGCGUUUUUAAAUACGAAGAAACAUAUUUUUCCAAAUGUAUUAAGCAUAUCGUCUUGGAUUUUUCCGGUACCAUUGGUUACAAAGCGACAGCGUUGAAUAUCACGAAUUCGGGUGAAUUCGCCGACGUAGAAAAUUAUAGAAUGGCAUGUCUGUAUUGUUUGGAGGAUCAAGUCAGACGGUUUUGGCCUUUGGUUUCUACAGAAGAUCGAAAUGAUAGAUGCUAUACAUGCAAUUUAUCGUACUGGAAUGGUGUUAUGGAAUCAGGAGAAAAUUCGAUCACCGAUGGGCCUACGAAGCCUUUUAUAGAACGAUGGAUGGAGUUGGCGAAUCGGGGCGAGGAUCGAGCAGCGUUUGAGCAGUUUUAUCAAAUGAUACCAGAUCAUGAAAUAGUAAAGCAUCGAAAUACGUUAUACGUAGACGAGUACAAAUGCCGAGCUGCGAUACGUUCAUUACCUGUAUUAAACCGAAUGCAAGUUGAAGAAGUAUUCAAAGGGAAGACCUGCGCGAUGUUUGGAAUUUUGGCGAUGGACGACGAUCAACGUUUCCUGCAGUUUGCGCGUCAAUCGUGGAAUCUCGUGCGACAUUUGAUUUUGGAUGAUGAAUCGAGGUUUUCUUCUGUCCUGUGCAUAUUGUGGAAAAUCGCAUUCUGUCUUGGUAAUUUUAUGCGUACGAGUCAUACGCGUUGCGAUGAAAUUAACGAAUUGUUGCUGGAAAUCUGGUCAGAUGCCUCGGACGAAUUGAAAGCUUCCGUUUCUGAUAACUACAUUUACGAGUUUUUCGACCAAGAUGAUGGAUUUGACAGAUGGAUGUGCUCCAAUUGCCACAGCCAUGGUCACAAUAUGAAAUUUAUGAUAGAUUUGCUGAACCUAUCACGAAACGUGGACAAAGUUCGGCUGUGGGAGAGUAAUUGGGGUGGAUUCGCCUUACGUGCCAACGUUUCGGAUUUCGAACAACUGAUGAGUUCCUGUUUAGCGAAUAACGAACACCUGGUCGAGUAUUACAAAAAUUGUGUGCUGGAUUUGGACGAUUUUUUUCGCAAAUUGAUUGGAAACGGAUUCUAUUCAGAUUUGAGAGAUUACCUGUAUUUUUGUUCGAAGGAUGCGAAACACUUUCAACUUUUGGGGAAAAAAGAGCUCGAAUCGAAUCCCUAUGCUAUUUUACGACACGAUGAUGAUCAAUUCGCUGAAUUCGAAUGGUUCGUUGGGGAAUUAUUCUUCAACAAGAAAAAGGAUAUAGAUAAAUUCAAAGCGCAGAUGAUUUCGUCUGCUGAUAGUUUAAAAGGCCUGCUCAAAGUACGCAUUGAUCGUCGAAUUCGUUCGAAUGAUUUCAGCACACGUAUUGGCCGAUUUGUUACCGAAGAAAAUGAAUAUAAUCUAGCGAAACGUAAAUUAUUAGAGCAUUGUCGUAGCUAUCCGAUGAACUGUUCACGCUGGGGCGAUAUUCCUUUCUUCGAUGAAUGGAUAGAAUUUCUCGAAUGGUGUAUUCCGGACCCUGAAGAACAUUCAGCCUUCAAGAAGUCGUUUAAUGUGAAUGCAAUUUUCUUAAAAUUGUUGCGAGAUAAUGCUACUCGGUGGUCAACUUCAGCUAAGACAUUUCUCGACAAAUUUUUAAGAUGGUAUUUUGGAAACGAAGAAGAUAGCAAAAAAUUUCAAAGUGGAUAUGAUUACAAAAAAUUACGCGCGAAUUGAUUUUGUGCGUACCAUGAUGCUGAGUAACGAUGAUGCAUAUCGUCGUGAGGUGUCUUCUUUGUUGAUAUGGUUCUUUGAUAAUAAUACUGAAGAUUUAUGUAAAUUUUGCGAAAAUUGUAAUUUUAUUCUGCACCCGAAUGUAAGUACCAUUAUGGAUAUGAUGCCGUUGAAACUCGAUAUACGAGUACCUACUUGUUUUUUAGAGUAAAUUGAUAUACUUAGGUACUGUAUACCUAUUUUAUUCAAUUCUCAAUAAAUUUACUCGUACCUGUA